CUUCGCCUUGCAGACCUUUUGUUGGUACUUUUACUUCCACAGCAUUCACAGUACACAUUUCGCCAGCUUUCGUUCAAAUGUUUAUUCUCCCAGCGCCUGCCGAGCCCAGCGCGUUCUGGACGGACGUCAAAUACACGGAGAACUUUGUGCUCCAGCGCUCGGUGUCGUCGGGCGUGGGCACGGUGCUCAAAAACUUUCUCGCCACAAUCCAAAACGUGCUUGACACGAAGCCGCCCUCCUACCGGCUCGUGUACCGGCAUGCGCAGAUGCAUGACCGGUUCAUACUGCUGGCGGUCAGCGAGAGCCAGGACGAAAUAGACAUGGACUGGAAGUGGCUGCAAGACAACAUCAUGCCGGUGGUGACGGAGCUCGACGACCCGGCAGAGCGCGCCAGCUUUGUUGUGACCAAGAUCCGGUUCCUGGUGUCGGCCGAGGGCGGUCUGGAUGCGCCGGCAGACCGCAAGAUGCGUGCGGCGACGACGACGUUCCGCCAGACAUUCGAUGUCAGCGAGAGCCUGGUCAACUACUACUCGUGCGCCCUGCAGAAGGGCCUGAUGAUGCACCAGGGGUGGCUGUAUUUGAGCGAAAACUACUUUUGCUUCUACUCGAUCAUGUUCCAGCUGCGCGAGAUCCAGGACCUGGCCAAGGCCAAGUCGAUGGGCGGCGCACGUGACGACGCCAUCGAGGUGACGACAAAGGGCGGGCAGAAAUACUGGUUCUCGAAUCUGUUCCACCGCGACGAGACAUUCGACCUUUUGUCGCAGCUGACGGCCAACACGAUGAAGCAGGUGCUGCGGAGCUCCGAGUACUCGACCAACACGCAGCACUCGGGCCCGCACCACCGGCACACCAGCAGCGCCAACAGCGCCAUCAACCCAGACACGCGGCUGCCGAUGAUCCGGACCUCGGGCCUGCGUGACCAGGGCCGGUCGCUGGCAGAGCAGAUUGCGCAGCAGCGCCGCAACGAGGAGUUCCGUGGCGGGUUCGGGCUGCCUGGCAACGAGAGCCUGCUGUCGGUAAUCGAGUCGGCGCAUCUGGUGAUUCCCAAGUCGGUCAGCGUCUACAGCGGCCGGCUGUAUCUGUCGACAUCGUUUGUGUGCUUCAGCUCGCGCGAUUUCCGCGGCUGCCGCAUCAUCCUGCCAUUGGCGGCCGUGUGGCAUCAGAUGGGCGUCGUGUUCAAGGUGCCGCUGGAGAACCGCGAGUGCGACGCCUGGUGCGACGCCCUGCGCGGGCAGCUCAAGGACAUGGUCGAGGAGCAGAAGUUUGCGCGGGAGAACCACACGGCGCUGACACGGUAUCUGCUGAAGCCCGAGUACUUGCUGCAGACGAAGGACGUGGUGUGCCUGGAGUGCCUGGGCAAGACGUUCGGGUUCCCCGGCGACCCAAAGCAGCUGAAGGAAAAGUCAAAGGUGCGCGCCUGGGUCGACUACCUGGGCACGUAUGGGCGCAAUCUGACGACCAUCCGGCGCGCCGAGUUUGACCGGCUGAUCCGCGUCGGGCUGCCCAACUGCCUGCGCGGGGAGAUCUGGGAGCUGAGCUCCGGCGCCAUGUAUCUGCGGUUCCAGAACCGCGGGGUGUACGAGAAAUACGUCAACGACUAUCUCGACUGCCCCGGGCCGUAUGCCGAGGAGAUUGAGAAGGAUCUGAACCGCUCGCUGCCCGAGGCAUCGACGCGACUCCGGCGGGUGCUCAAUGCGUACUCGCUGCGCGACGCGGAGCUCGGGUACUGCCAGGCCAUGAACAUUAUAGCGUCGACACUGCUGAUAUACAUGACUGAGGAGCAGGCGUUCUGGACGCUGACGGUGAUGUGCGACCGGCUGGUGCCCGGGUACUACAGCCCGUCAAUGUACGGCGCCAGCCUGGACCAGGCGAUAUUCCAGACGCUGGUGGAGGACACGAUGCCGAUGCUGGCGCAGAACUUCAAGCAGCAUGACAUCCAGCUGUCAAUCGCGUGCCUGCCGUGGUUCCUGACGCUGUUUGUCAACUCGAUGCCACUGGUAUAUGCACUGCGUGUGCUCGACUGCUUCUUCCUCGAGGGCCCGAAGAUCCUGUUCCAGAUCGGGCUGGCGAUUCUGAAGAUCAACGGAGCGGAGCUGCUUGAAGUCACGGACGACGGCACGUUCCUGCAUGUGCUAAAGACGUACUACCAGACGCUGGGCGACCAGGCGUUCCCCGACAGCGACAAUGUGCGGGCGCGGCAGAUCACAAAGUUCCACGAGCUGGUGUAUGUGGCGUACAGCGACUUCCCGCUGAUCACACAGGCCAAGAUCGAGGAGCUGCGGCGCUCGCACCAGCUCAAGAUCGUCCACUCGGUGCAGGAGUUCUCGAAGCGCACGUUCCUGCGCAACGUGAUUGACUCGGCCGGGUUCACCAAGGACCAGCUCUCGUUGCUCUAUGACCGGUACUACACGGUCCUGUUCUACUCGCAGUCGGGCCGCAAUAAGGCGGUCAACCAGCAGCAGGCCGAGGCGGCGGCGGCGGCUGACAAAAUCACCCUGGAUAUCUACGUGUUUGCCCGGUUUAUGUUUGAAAUCUCGACCUGGAUGCGGGCACAGAUCAAGGAGGCCAAGCAGCGCACCCAGAGCCACAGGGACAUUUCGCUGCCCAGUGUACGCAGAAAGCACAGUCCCAACGAGGAGCAGGCGGCGAAGAGGGGCGACGAGAUCUCGAAAGAGAUUGAGGCGAGUUUGAGCAACCCCGGGUGGUUCAUUUCGUCGUUCUUCAGGUACACCAGCCAGAUUGCACCGCCGUCGUCCCGCCUGCAUGCAUAUGGUACAGACGAUAUUAACGAUGGCUCGUCGCUGGCGCCAUCGUCGCACCGGGCGACCAAAUCCGUGGAUCUGAUUUCCAUGGAUGCCUCCCAGAAACAGCAGAUUGCCGAUGAGGGGGAGCCAGCCCCCGUGGCACCGAUCCAGGAGCUCCGUGUGUCGUUCCAGCAGUGUGUGAUCGCAUUAGGCCGUAUUGUCAACACCGACCUGCUGACGCGCAUGGACGCGUUCUUCGACAUGUUUGCAGUGUCCAUUACAAACGAGAUCAGCCGGCAGGAGAUGUUCCAGCUGUCCGAGGCCAUCCUGUACAUAGCGCAUGGCGAGGACGUGGCGCGCACCGAAACCCUGGGCGGCAAGCGGCCCAGCGACGCUAACGGCAUGACUAACGAGGAGCACCUGCUAAAGUCCGUGUCGGAGUUCAUGCGGCGGGCAGUGGCCUAUGGCGAAGACCAGUCGAUGCAGGAUGGCGAGAUGUAUUUGUCGCGCAAUAUGUUCCGCGUGGUGGUGCUGGAGGACGAGAUGUUGGAGCGGUUCUUUUCGGAGAUCGUCCCGGCUUCGUUCCGCUUCACCGACGGUGUCGAAUUGCGCAACCCGCUGCGUCAGAUCUCGACGCACCUAGCAGCGACGCCCGUGACGGCCCGCGCCGACCCAUCGACGCCGUCCAGGCUCCUGGCUGGCGGGAUUUCUGCCGCCCAGGGAAUGUCGUCGAGGGUUGCGCAGACCAUUGCGUUGGGCGGGCAGUUUGUCGACCAGCACGUGCUGACGCCAGGGCUUGCAGUAUCCCCGGGCCUGGCCAGCAGCUCUCCGCACAGAGAGCCGUCGGAGCAUAUCGCCACCGAGAUGCCCAGCUCGGCAGGGCCUGCUGACGGCCGGUUCGAGUCCGUGCCCUGGGGCAAUGUACCGCAGGAGCCGCGCGGCAACGAGCCCCUGGACCCGUACGAGAACCUGCUGGACGAAGUCGACGAGCUGCUGGGCCAAAUCAACGAGGAGGAUGACGAUCAUGGCGCUGAGACAGACAAUGCAGGUGAUCUCAAGCGCAGCUUGGAUGCAGGUGACAGGCAUGCGGCAGGUCAUGCAGAUGCGGGGAACAAUGCCACCGCCAAGGAUCUGUCAGACAUGGAUUUCAACAUCGUCGAGGAUGACGAUGACGACGACGAGAUCGCAAACCUGCUCAAGAACUGAAAGCACUUGUCAGAUAUUACAUUAAAUAUCAUUUCCUACUAGAAA